GGGGUGGAGGGGUACGGCGGGAUACAGAGAGUCUGCCCAUGGGGUGGGACUCACAUGCCUGUGGGGCUGCCACGGACGAGAGGGGGCAGUAUGGUCCGCCUCUACGUUCGCAACAUCACCAACAACGUGUCCGAGGCCGACGUGCGGCGCGAGUUCCAGCGGUAUGGACGGGUGACGGACCUGUAUGUCAAACCGUCAGCGGGCUUUGCCUUUGUGUCAAUGGACCGCGAGCGGGAUGCGCACGAUGCCAUGGCGUCGCUGGAUAACGCAAGCGUCUGGGGCUCGCGUCUUGCGGUUGAGGUGACCGCCGACCGCAGCAGCGACCGUGGCGGCGACCGAGGGCGCGACGAUCGCCAGCGGAGGAGCCGCGGCUCGUUGGGAGACGACGGAGACCGGCGCCGGUCACGGUCACGCGAGGUCUCGCCACGGGACAGCGGCUACGGCGACCGUGAUCGUGGGCGGGAUUGGGACCGUGGACGUGGAUACGACGACCGGAACCGCGACCGUGGACGUGGAUACGACGACCGGAACCGCGACCGUGGAGGGUACGACGACCGGAACCGUGACCGUGGAGGGUAUGACGACCGCAGGCGUGACCGUGGUGGCUACGACGACCGGGGGCGUGAUCGUGGUGGGCGCAGUGGACGCAACAGUGGGCGGGGCGUUGUCGGGCGGCUGACUUCGUACGGAGCGCGCGAGCGCGACCAGUUCUCGCGAGGAGGACGUGGCCGAUCGCCGCCGCCGUCCCACACGCAGAUGGAGAGUGCGGGGAAGAAGAAGAAGAAGGAGCGCAAGAAGAAGCAGCGGCGGCCCAAGUCUGCAGGCCCGCCGCUUCCGUAUGUACUCCAUGUCACGGGCGGGCUUCCUGACGGGUAUUCGUGGAAGGCACUCAAGGAGCUUGUGCUGGCCAAGACUGGGCUUGCGUCGACGGACAUCGGCUAUGUCGUCAUCCGCGAUGGGAAGGGCCGUGUCGAGCUUAAGACAGCUGAGGGACUGGCGGCUGCUAUGGAGCGAGUGAUCGGUCCGGUCGAGCCCGACCACCCUGCGGGCGACGUCGAGUGCCACACCGAGAUUGUGGCUGAGCUGCUGGCGUCGACCGAGGGCGAGAGAACAAGUGAGGUUGUCGCGGACGAACCGGCAGCCGAGGCGGGACCGGCGGGGAAGUCUGCAUCCCCGACAGCGGCGGAGGGGUCCCCGGCACGAUCGCCAAUGCAGUCGCCGGGAGCGUCGCGGUCGCGGUCGCGAUCGCGGUCGCGGUCGCGACACCGGUCGUACAGUCAGGAGUGAGGAGAAGCGAGGGCGCGGGCCACGAUGCGGAGGAAGACCGAGGCGCCGAUGGCGAGGGCGUCCUCGUCAAAAUCAAACGACGGCUUGUGAUGCGGGAGCGAGCCCGGCGGGCCAGCAGCGGCCGGCGCCGAGCCGACAAAAAAGAGCAAGACGGCUUGGCACGGGUAAAGUAAGCAAAGUCCUC